UCUGGCAAAGCCAAAACGCGGUUGUAUACUGUUCAAUUCACGGGGUGUUUUUCUUUUGCCUCUAUUACUUGAAACCUUUUCUCUCUCACACACCAACCACCAAUAUAUUAACCCCUCCACUCUCUUUCAUUCUUCACACAACAUCAAAAGCAACAACAACAUGCAAGUCCAAGAGGAAUUACUUGUGGCUUCCAAGGAUCACACCCACCAAAUGAUGAUGAUCAAGGGCAAGCGAACCAAGCGUCAAAGGGCACCAUCCCCUCUUAGUCUAGCCAUGCCUUAUAAUAAUUCAACCUCAAGUAGCACCAACAAUUCCAUUGAUAGUGCCACAACCUCACCCUCUCCCACCAACACAAUUGAAUUGAGAGAAGACGAAGACAUGGCGAAUUGUCUUAUUCUUCUCGCUCAAGGCAGACACCACGUGGCAGCACCAACGUCGUAUCACAACAACGACAACAACGAUAACCACAAGUCAACAAGCCUAUACCUUUACCAGUGCAAGACUUGCAACAGAUAUUUCCCUUCAUUCCAAGCACUUGGAGGACAUAGAGCCAGUCACAAGAAGCCUAAGCAAAACGGCACCUUUUCAUCAGAAGCAGUUACUACUUUUGUUGAAGAGAAUAAUGAUCGUUAUGACCCCACCACCAGUACCACCCUCUCCUUGAAAAUACCAAAUGGGGUUAAUAAUAAUAUGUGUAGCACAACAACAACAACAACAACAAAGGCUAAGGUUCACGAGUGUUCUAUCUGUGGGGCUGAAUUCUCAUCAGGGCAAGCUUUGGGGGGCCACAUGAGGCGCCACAGAACUCUUGUGAAUGCUUCUUUAGCAACUUCUAUGAGUGGUGGAAAUGUUGGUGUUGGUGGUAGCAAUGAAUUUCAAGAAGCCAAGAAACCCUUGAAGUUGGACUUGAAUCUUCCAGCACUACCAGAGGAUGAUCAUAGAGAAUCCAAGUUUUCGUUUCAGCAAAGAGAAAAAAACGUUAUUGUCUUCUCUAAGCAGUCUUCUUUGGUGGAUUGUCAUUACUGAAGUUGGAGUCUGUGUUUCUCUAUAAGUUAACCUCAUCCCCAAGAACCAAUUUGUAUUCAGUGUUAAUUAUUUACCUUACUUUUAUUUUUAUAAUUUUUUUCGUUUCAACUUGUAUAUGGUGAUUCUUUCCAUUCAUUCUGUGGCAUUCAAUGAAAUUGAAUUCGAUCAUUUAUUGGCUUA